AUGAAUUCGCAGAGGAAUGGAAAAGGGAUAUCAUUAAUUCUUCAUAGAAAACAAAAUUCAAAAUCAUAUUCAGAAUUUAUUUGCGAAUCAUCUCCAACAAGUCCUAAAUCUAUAACUAAUUUCUUGUCACAUAACGGUCCGAUUGUUGAAUAUGUUAGAUGGCAAGAUGUUAGCGAGACAUCGGCCAAGGCCACGGAACUGUUUUCAAGGAUGCACCAUGAAAUUAUAUUAACCAUUUUGAAAGAGUUAGAUUUUACUGAUAUUUUGGCCUUUUAUUGGUUAGGAUUCGAAAAAGUUUUAAACCGUUACAAUAUCGAACCAGAAUUAACCGAAAAAUUCAAAUCUAUCGAUGACGAUACACUGAAUUUAAAACGAGCUUAUAUGACAUUAGUUCCGGGAGCACUAGUUCAAGAAGUAGUGGUAGCUCAAACAAUGCCUCAAGGAGUAGGCGGAUACAAUAUAGAGCGGGGAGGUGAUGAAUAUAUUGACAAAGCACACAAGACUCCAAAAUUACUUUCAAAGUUUGAAAAGGGGAAAGAAACUGUACAAAAUG